UGUCAUUUUAGUUGUCAACUUGUCAUCAAUCAACUGCAAAAAACCGAUGAAUUGUCACGAUCUCCGAUUGCCUUCAAAAAUAUAAUUAACAAUUGUGAGCGUAAUAUAUUUUUAUCUUAUUUGUAAUUUUAUGUUCUAAAGAAUUCAGCAGAGUCCCAGAAUGGGGGACUCUCUAGAAGCUACGGAAACUAGUCACGAAACGCAAAAUGUGGCAGUGGUAGACUUUACGGCUUUUACGAAUUUUAUUUUGAAAGCAGCUACUGUUCUUUUACCAGAAGAUGAUGGUCAAGCGGAACCGGCAAAUUUAGUAGCGGCUAUCGACGACAAAACUAAUCAGGAGUGCAUCAGGAAAUUUAUUAGUGAUCCUCAAAUUACUACAUUAUAUGUCCAAAGAAACUCUUCCAAAGAUGACGAUAGUGUCCAGCCGCCCGAAGGUGAAGAAGAAAAAGAACCAGUCACGUACUACGUUAGUAAUGAAGUACACUAUUCCAACUCAAAAAUGUCCAGUUUAGUAUGCAUUAAAAGAGGUCCAGUGAUUGAAGCAGAUAAAAGCAUUAGAGCACAAGUUAGGCUUUUGAAUUUCAGUGAUGGAUCACCAUAUGAGAUUUUACAUGAUUAUGUCAGUAGAACAGUCGCACCAUUCUUCAAAUCAUAUGUAAAAGAAUCUGGUAGGGCCGACCGUGAUGGUGACAAAAUGGCACCAGCAGUUGAAAAAACAAUUGCUGAAUUGGAAAUGGGCUUACUACAUUUGCAGCAAAAUAUAGAUAUACCAGAAAUCACUUUACAAGUACAUCCAUAUGUGGCAAGCCUCAUAAAACAAUGUGCUGAUGAGGGAAGGAAACCUAAAGUAGCUGAUUUUAGUGAUAAAGUAGAUGAUUCCAACUUUUUAAAUCAGUUACAACAUGGAGUAAAUCGUUGGAUUAAAGAAAUUCAGAAAGUAACAAAGCUAGAUAGAGAUCCAUCUUCUGGCACAGCACUUCAAGAAAUCAGCUUUUGGCUCAAUUUAGAAAGAGCUCUACACCGCAUUCAAGAAAAGCGGGAAAGUAUGGAAGUAGCUCUUACCUUAGACAUUCUGAAGCACGGCAAAAGAUUCCAUGCUACAGUUUCUUUUGAUACAGAUACAGGCCUAAAACAAGCCAUUGCUACAGUAAAUGAUUACAAUCCUCUUAUGAAAGACUUUCCAAUCAAUGAUCUGUUGGCUGCAACAGAACUAGAAAGAAUCCGUGCUGCAGUUCAGCUCAUUUUUUCUCAUCUUAGAAAAGUGAGAUCUACCAAAUAUCCCAUUCAGAGAUGCUUAAGAUUAGUAGAGGCGAUUUCAAGAGAUUUGGGAGGGCAACUACUUAAAGUCUUAGGGACCCGUCGUCUAAUGCAUAUUCCAUUUGAUGAAUUUGAAAAGGUUAUGACUCAAUGUUUUGAAGUUUUCUCCAUCUGGGAAGAUGAAUAUGAAAAGUUGCAAGCUCUUUUGAGAGAUAUCAUGAAAAAGAAAAGGGAUGAACAUAUGAAAAUGGUUUGGCGUAUAUCACCUCAACACAAGAAAUUACAGAGCAGAAUGGAUCAAAUGCGUAAAUUCCGUCGACAACAUGAACAAUUACGCACAGUUAUUGUUCGCGUUUUAAGACCUAGCAUUAAAGAGACAUCUGUACCCAUUGAGGGAGGUGAUAAUGAACCUCCAAAACCAGCUUUCUCUCUAGAUGCUGCUGAUGCUAAUGCAAUUGAGGAAGUCAAUUUGGCCUAUGAAAAUGUAAAGGAGGUAGAUUGCUUAGAUAUUUCCAAAGAAGGUCAAGAUGCAUGGGAUGCCGCAGUACAAAGAUAUGAAGAACGUAUUGAUCGAGUUGAAACAAGAAUCACUGCUCAUCUACGUGAUCAGUUAGGAACGGCUAAAAAUGCCAACGAGAUGUUUAGAAUUUUCUCCCGUUUUAAUGCUCUAUUUGUUAGACCUCACAUCAGAGGUGCUAUUCGAGAAUAUCAGACACAUUUAAUUCAACGAGUAAAAGAUGAUAUUGAGGCUCUUCAUGAAAAGUUUAAAGUUCAAUAUCCCCAAAGUAAUAGUGCAAAAAUAAGCAAAGUUAGAGAUUUACCUCCUGUUGCUGGAUCUAUUGUGUGGGCUAAACAAAUUGAUCAUCAACUAACAACAUACUUAAGACGUGUUGAAGAUGUUUUAGGUAAAGGUUGGGAAAAUCACAUUGAAGGCCAAAAACUAAAAGCAGAUGGAGACAGUUUCCGUCUAAAACUAAACACGCAAGAAAUAUUCGACGAUUGGGCCCGUAACGUACAACAGCGCAAUCUUGGAGUAUCUGGAAGAAUUUUUACCAUUGAAGCAGUGAGAUCUAGAAGUGGCAGAGGCAAUAUUUUAAAAUUGAAAGUUAACUUUCUACCAGAAAUUAUUACAUUAGCCAAAGAAGUGCGUAAUUUGAAAUGUCUAGGAUUUAGAGUUCCUCUGGCCAUUGUUAACAAAGCACAUCAAGCGAACCAACUUUAUCCAUUUGCUAUAUCGCUUAUAGAAAGUGUCAGAACCUAUGAGAUGACUUUAGAAAAGAUUGAAGAUAAGGCUAGCAUUAUCCCCCUUGUCGCUGGUAUGAGAAAAGAAGUUCAGCAAGUCAUUGCAGAAGGUAUCCAACUAGUUUGGGAGAGCUACAAACUAGAUCCCUAUGUCCAGCGUCUAUCAGAUCUUGUCGUUAGUUUCCAAGAAAGAGUUGAAGAACUAGUUUUUGUUGGUGAACAGUUAGAAGUUGAUGUAAGGUCGCUAGAAACUUGUCCUUAUUCAGCUAAUACAUUCGCUGAUAUAUUAUCCAAGAUUCAACAUGCCGUGGAUGAUCUUUCAUUAAAACAGUAUUCAAACUUACAUAUUUGGGUUAGUCGGUUAGAUGAGGAAGUUGAAAAAAAUCUCGCUAGGCGUCUGCAAGCAGGUGUCGAAGCUUGGACAGAAACUUUAAGUGGACAGAAAAAAGAAAUUGAUCACAGCAUGGAUACAGACGCUCCAGCACAACCAACACACAAGCCUGGAGGGGAUCCUCAGAUUCAAACAAUGAUACAUGAAGUUCGUAUUACAAAUCAAACAAUGUAUUUGUAUCCAAGUAUAGAAGAGGCCAGAUUCCUAAUUAUGCAGCAAUUAUUCGCUUGGCAAGCUAUUGUUACGUCUCAGCAACGUCUUCAGAGUAGUAGAUAUCAAGUUGGCGUGGAUAAGCCAGUUACAGAAACCUACAGAAAUAUUUUAACCAAGUUACCAGCAGGUCCGCAACCUCUAACUAACGCUUAUAGCGCCAUUUCUUCAAAAAUUAAAGAGGUUCAAAGUUAUGUAAAUGAAUGGUUAACCUACCAAUCUUUAUGGGAUCUACAAGCUGACAAUCUUUAUGGAAAGUUAGGAGAAGAUAUUAGCAAAUGGAUGGAGUGUUUAAAUGAUAUAAAAAAAACGCGUACAACUUUUGACACAUCAGAUACUCGUCGAGAAUUCGGGCCUAUCAUCAUUGAUUUCGCCAAAGUUCAAAGCAAAGUCUCUUUAAAAUAUGAUUCUUGGCACAAAGAUACCUUAGGUAAAUUCGGAAGUCUUUUGAGCAACGAAAUGACUUCAUUCCACUCUAAUGUUUCCAAAUCUCGAUCUGACUUAGAACUGCAAAGCAUUGAAGCAGCAAGCACUUCAGAUGCAGUCUGUUUCAUAACGUAUGUUCAGCAAUUAAAACGUAGUAUGAAAGCUUGGGAGAAACAAGUAGACAUUUACAAAGAAGGUCAAAGAAUAUUGGAGCGUCAACGAUUUCAGUUCCCUACAAACUGGUUACAUGUUGAAAAUUUAGAAGGGGAAUGGGGAGCAUUCAACGAAAUCAUCAAGAGAAAAGAUUCUAGCAUCCAAACACAAGUUGCUAGUCUUCAACAAAAAAUUGUGUCUGAAGAUAAAGCUGUUGAAAGUAGAACCAAUGAUUUCUUGGUUGAUUGGGAAAGAAGUAAACCCGUCGAAGGUCAUCUUAGACCAGAUGACGCUCUUUCUCAACUACAACUAUUUGAAAGUAAAUUCUCCCGACUAAAAGAAGAACGUGAUAAUGUUGCAAAAGCAAAAGAAGCUCUUGAAUUGCAAGAUCCAGGCGGUAUUAGUACCAGUGAAGACAGAAUGCAAGUUGUUUAUGAAGAGCUACAGGAUUUGAGAGGAGUGUGGUCUGAGUUGUCAAGAAUUUGGCAGCAAAUUGAUGAAACUAGGGAAAAGCCUUGGUUAUCUAUUCAACCUAGAAAAUUAAGGCAGCAAUUGGACCAAUUGUCCACCCAACUCAAAGAAUUACCAGCCAGGCUUAGACAAUAUGCUUCCUAUGAAUAUGUUAAAAAAACUCUCCAAACUUACACAAAAGUUAAUAUGUUAAUUGUUGAAUUAAAAUCUGAUGCUCUUAAAGAACGUCAUUGGAAACAACUAAUGAAACAAUUGAGAGUAAACUGGGUCCUUUCUGAUUUAACCCUCGGUCAAGUAUGGGAUGUUAAUCUUCAAAAAAAUGAAGCAAUCGUUAAGGAUAUCAUAUUGGUAGCACAAGGAGAAAUGGCUCUUGAAGAGUUCUUGAAACAAGUUAGGGAAUCUUGGCAGAACUACGAAUUGGACUUAAUCAAUUAUCAAAACAAAUGCAAACUGAUUAGAGGAUGGGAUGAUCUAUUUAAUAAAGUAAAAGAACAUAUUAAUUCUGUAGCAGCUAUGAAGUUAUCUCCGUACUACAAGGUUUUUGAGGAAGAAGCCUUAACUUGGGAAGAAAAAUUAAACCGUAUUAACGCUCUUUUUGAUGUGUGGAUUGAUGUGCAAAGAAGAUGGGUAUAUUUAGAAGGAAUUUUCUCUGGAAGUGCGGACAUUAAGACACUUCUGCCAGUAGAAACAUCUCGAUUCCAAAGUAUAAGUUCUGAGUUCUUAGGGUUGAUGAAGAAGGUAAGCAAAAGUCCUAUGGUCAUGGAUGUUUUAAAUAUUCCAGGAGUACAAAGGGCUCUAGAAAGAUUAGCAGACCUUCUAGGAAAGAUUCAAAAAGCUCUAGGAGAGUAUUUGGAACGAGAACGUACAUCUUUUCCACGUUUCUACUUUGUAGGAGAUGAAGAUCUAUUGGAGAUCAUCGGUAACAGCAAGAAUGUUGCAAGGCUGCAGAAGCAUUUCAAAAAAAUGUUUGCGGGCGUAGCCUCCAUACUCUUAAAUGACAACAAUACAAUUAUAACUGGUAUUGCAUCUAGGGAAGGAGAAGAAGUAGUAUUUAACUCACCAGUUUCUACUGUUGAUCAUCCAAAAAUUAAUGAAUGGCUUAGUAUGGUUGAGAAAGAAAUGCGAGUUACAUUAGCUUCAAAUUUAACACAAGCUGUACAAGACAUUAAACAGUUUAAAGAUGAAAUUGACUCAAAGGCCUACAUGGAAUGGGUUGAUAAAUACCAAGCCCAAAUUGUUGUACUUGCUGCUCAGAUUCUAUGGAGUGAGGAUGUUGAAGCAGCUCUUGUGAAAAUGAACAGUGAACCACAGAAAGGUGUCCUAGAAAAGGUACUUCAACAAGUUGAAAGUACUCUUAAUGUCCUAGCAGAUUCUGUUCUUCAAGAACAACCUCAACUUAGAAGGAAGAAGUUAGAACACUUAAUCAAUGAAUUUGUUCAUAAGAGAACGGUAACAAGAAGACUUAUUGCUAAUGGUGUUUGUAGUAACAAGGCUUUUGAAUGGUUAUGUGAAAUGAGAUUCUACUUUGAUCCCAGACAAACAGAGGUUCUUAAGCAACUGACAAUACACAUGGCUAAUGCAAGAUUCUAUUAUGGAUUUGAAUAUCUUGGUGUUCAAGAUAGGCUUGUACAGACACCUCUAACAGAUAGAUGCUAUUUAACCAUGACUCAAGCCUUGGAAGCCAGAUUAGGAGGAUCACCUUUCGGUCCUGCUGGUACGGGUAAGACAGAAUCAGUUAAAGCUCUCGGAAACCAAUUGGGUCGUUUCGUUCUUGUAUUUAACUGUGAUGAAACAUUCGAUUUUCAAGCUAUGGGCAGAAUUUUCGUUGGUUUAUGUCAGGUAGGCGCAUGGGGUUGCUUUGAUGAAUUUAACAGAUUGGAGGAGAGAAUGUUAUCUGCAGUUUCCCAACAAAUACAAACCAUCCAAGAAGCUUUGAAAUCUCAGAAAGAAGCUGCAGCAGAAGGAACUGCAACUGGUAGUAUAAGCGUUGAACUUGUUGGCAAGCAAGUAAAAGUAUCACCAGAUAUGGCUAUAUUCAUUACAAUGAAUCCUGGUUAUGCAGGGCGUUCUAAUUUACCAGAUAACCUUAAGAAAUUAUUCAGAUCUCUGGCUAUGACCACUCCCGACAGACAACUUAUCGCUGAAGUCAUGUUGUUCUCUCAAGGAUUUAGACAAGCAGAAAAAUUAGCCUCCAAAAUUGUACCUUUCUUCAGAUUGUGUGAUGAACAACUAUCAAACCAAUCUCACUAUGACUUUGGACUGAGAGCAUUGAAAUCAGUACUUAUAUCAGCUGGAAAUGUUAAAAGAGACAGAAUACAAAGAAUUAAAGAAGGUAUGACUCAGAGAGGCGAAACUAACAUAGACGAGGCUAAUAUAGCCGAAAAUUUACCUGAACAAGAAAUAUUAAUACAGUCUGUUUGUGAAACUAUGGUACCUAAAUUAGUUGCUGAAGAUAUUCCACUUUUGUUUAGCUUAUUGAACGAUGUAUUUCCGAAUGUUCAGUAUACCAGAGCGGAAAUGCAAGGCCUUAAGGAUGAAAUUAGAAAAGUUUGUGCUGAAGAAUAUCUUGUUUGCGGCGAAGGAGAUGAAAGAGGAUCAGCUUGGAUGGAAAAAGUGCUCCAACUAUACCAAAUUUCCAAUCUCAAUCACGGUUUAAUGAUGGUAGGUCCUAGUGGUUCUGGUAAGAGUUCAGCUUGGCGAGUAUUACUCAAAGCUCUCGAAAGAUUCGAAGGGACCGAAGGGGUUGCUCAUGUAAUUGACCCAAAGGCAAUAAGUAAAGAGGCUUUGUACGGUGUUUUGGACCCUAAUACCAGAGAAUGGACCGAUGGACUUUUUACACAUAUAUUGAGAAAAAUCAUAGACAAUGUUAGAGGUGAAAUUAACAAACGCCAAUGGAUUAUCUUUGAUGGUGAUGUAGAUCCAGAAUGGGUAGAAAACUUAAAUUCAGUGCUUGACGACAACAAACUAUUGACUCUUCCCAAUGGUGAACGUCUUUCGCUACCUCCCAAUGUUAGAGUUAUGUUUGAGGUGCAAGAUUUAAAAUACGCAACAUUAGCUACUGUCUCUCGUUGUGGUAUGGUAUGGUUUUCAGAAGAUGUUCUAUCUACUGAAAUGAUAUUUGAAAACUACGUUCUGCGAUUGAAGAACAUUCCGCUUGAAGAAAGCGAAGAAGGUUUCGGCAAGAAAUCAGACAUGAAAGAAGAUAUGUUAUCCCCAACUCUUCAAUUACAACUCGAUGUUGUUAAUUUGUUACAACCCUUCUUAGCACCAGAUGGUCUUGUGGUGCGUUGUUUAGAAUAUGCCAUGGAACAAGAACAUAUCAUGGAUUUUACUCGGUUAAGAGCUUUAAGUUCUUUAUUUUCUAUGUUGAACCAAGCAGUGAGGAACGUUUUACAAUACAACCAUAUGCACCCAGAUUUUCCUCUCUCUAAUGAUUAUCUCGAGAAAUAUAUUCCGAAAUGUCUAAUUUACUCCAUCUUAUGGAGUUUUGCGGGAGAUGCUAAACUUAAAGUUAGAUCAGAAUUAGGAGAUUUUACUCGUUCAGUAUCCACCAUUCCUUUACCACCAGACAAUAGCAUGCCAAUUAUUGAUUAUGAAGUUACCAUUGAAGGAGAAUGGUCAUUAUGGUCAAACAAAGUUCCACAAAUUGAAGUUGAAACCCAUAAAGUUGCUUCCCCCGAUAUUGUAGUACCUACCUUGGAUACUGUAAGACAUGAAUCUUUGUUGUAUACUUGGUUGGCCGAGCACAAACCAAUAGUGUUAUGUGGUCCACCUGGUUCUGGUAAGACAAUGACUUUAUUCUCUGCUUUGAGAGCACUACCUGAUAUGGAAGUUGUUGGUUUGAACUUCUCUUCUGCUACAACUCCAGAAUUAUUGCUAAAAACUUUUGACCACUACUGUGAAUAUAGAAAAACACCUAACGGUGUAGUUUUAUCGCCAAUUCAGCUGGGUAAAUGGCUAGUUCUAUUCUGCGAUGAAAUAAAUUUACCAGACAUGGAUACCUAUGGCACUCAACGUGUAAUCAUGUUCCUGCGCCAAAUAGUUGAACAAAAGGGCUUCUACCGUGCCUCAGAUCAAUCUUGGGUUUCCUUAGAACGCAUUCAAUUUGUAGGUGCUUGCAAUCCUCCUACAGACCCUGGAAGAAAACCUCUUUCUCAUCGUUUCCUCAGACAUGUACCAGUCAUUUAUGUGGAUUAUCCUGGAGAAACCUCUUUAAAGCAAAUUUAUGGUACUUUCACUAGAGCCAUGUUGAGGUUGGCUCCAGGUUUAAAAGGUUAUGCGAAUCCUUUGACAAAUGCUAUGGUUGAAUUUUACCUAGCGUCUCAAGACCGAUUUACUCAAGAUAUGCAGCCCCAUUAUGUUUAUUCCCCUCGUGAGAUGACGAGAUGGGUAAGAGGAAUAUGCGAGGCUAUCAGACCAUUAGAUAAUCUCUCAGUAGAGGGAUUAGUAAGGCUUUGGGCGCAUGAAGCUCUACGUCUAUUCCAAGAUAGACUUGUUGAAGACACAGAAAGGCGUUGGACCAACGAAAAUAUCGACGCUGUCGCCUUAAAACAUUUCCCAUCAGCGAAUUGUGAACGUGCAUUGGAACGACCUAUUUUAUACAGUAAUUGGUUGUCUAAAGAUUACGUUCCUGUUGGAAGAGAGCAGUUAAGGGAAUACGUUAAAGCAAGGCUGAAAGUAUUUUAUGAAGAAGAGCUUGAUGUACCCUUAGUACUAUUUGAUGAAGUAUUAGAUCAUGUAUUAAGAAUUGACAGAAUAUUCAGACAGCCCCAAGGGCAUUUACUUCUGAUUGGUGUCUCUGGAGCUGGAAAAACUACCCUCUCUAGAUUUGUAGCUUGGAUGAAUGGAUUAUCCAUCUUCCAGAUCAAAGUUCACAAUAAAUAUACAGCUGAAGAUUUUGAUGAAGAUUUAAGAUCAGUUUUGAGAAGAAGCGGUUGCAAACACGAGAAGAUUUCAUUCAUUUUAGAUGAAUCUAAUAUGUUAGAUUCCAGUUUCUUGGAAAGGAUGAAUACUCUUUUAGCUAACGGUGAAGUUCCUGGGUUGUUUGAAGGAGAUGAAUACACAACUUUAAUGACACAAUGUAAGGAAGGAGCUCAAAGAGAAGGACUAAUGUUGGAUUCAAAUGACGAACUUUAUAAAUGGUUUACUCAACAGGUUAUGCGAAAUUUACAUGUAGUUUUUACCAUGAAUCCAUCUACUGAUGGUUUAAAAGACAGAGCCGCCACAUCCCCUGCUUUAUUCAACAGAUGUGUCCUAAACUGGUUUGGUGAUUGGUCAGAUGGAGCCCUCUUCCAGGUUGGAAAAGAAUUCACGAAUCGUUUGGACCUUGACAAACAAAGUUGGAGAUGUCCGGACUUCUUCCCUGCAGCUUGCAAUCAUGUUUCUGCUUCACCCAAUCAUAGAGAAGCUGUUAUCAAUGCUUGCGUCUACGUUCAUCAAACUCUUCACAAAGCUAACAGUAGACUGGUCAAAAGGGGAAGUCGUACUAUGGCGAUCACGCCUAGGCAUUAUUUAGAUUUCAUUCAUCAUCUUGUUAAAUUAUAUAAUGAAAAACGAUCUGAUUUGGAAGAGCAACAACUUCAUCUCAAUGUUGGUUUAAAUAAGAUUGCAGAAACUGUGGAACAGGUGGAAGAAAUGCAAAAGAGUUUGGCGGUAAAAUCGCAAGAAUUACAAGCUAAAAAUGAGGCAGCUAAUGCCAAGCUUAGACAAAUGGUCAAAGAUCAGCAAGAAGCCGAAAAGAAGAAGGUUCAAAGUCAAGAAAUCCAGCAACAACUUGCGCAACAGACUGUUCAUAUCCAACAGAAGAGAUCCGAAGUAAUGGCUGAUUUAGAACAAGUCGAACCUGCUGUUAUUGAAGCCCAACAAGCUGUUAAAUCUAUCAAGAAACAACAACUGGUAGAAAUUCGUACAAUGUCAAAUCCUCCCGCCCUUGUAAAACUCGCCUUAGAAUCAAUUUGUCUUUUACUUGGAGAAAAUGCCAGUGACUGGAAAUCAAUUCGGGCUGUCAUCAUGAGAGAUAAUUUUAUUAAUAGUAUCGUCAAUUUCAACACUGAAGACAUCAGUGAUGAAGUAAGAGAAAAAAUGAAGAGCCGCUAUUUGAGCAAUCCAGAUUACAACAUCGAUAAAAUCUACCAUGCCAGUAAUGCUUGUGGCCCACUCGUCAAGUGGGCAUGCGCUCAAGUUCAGUACGCCGAUAUGUUGAAGAAAGUAGAACCCUUACGAGAGGAACUUAGAUCACUUGAACAACAAGCUGAAACCAACCAAAAACGUGGUGAAGACGUCAAAGCUCUUAUUAGUCAAUUGGAGCAAAGUAUUGCAUCUUAUAAAGAAGAAUAUGCACAACUUAUUGCGCAAGCUCAAGCCAUUAAAACUGAUUUGGAGAAUGUACAAGCUAAAGUUGACAGAUCCAUUGCACUUCUUAAGUCGCUUGUAAUAGAAAGAGAGAGGUGGGAAGCUAGCAGUGAAACUUUCAGAUCCCAAAUGUCUACUAUUAUUGGUGACGUCUUAUUAUCUGCCGCUUUUAUUGCAUAUGGUGGAUACUUCGAUCAACAUUACCGUCAAAAUCUAUUCAGUACUUGGUGUCAACACUUGACACAAGCAAGUAUUCAAUACAGAGCUGAUAUAGCAAGAACAGAAUACUUGUCUAAUCCUGAUGAAAGGCUUAGAUGGCAAGCCAAUGCUUUGCCAUCUGAUGAUUUGUGUACUGAGAAUGCUAUUAUGUUGAAAAGAUUCAACAGAUAUCCUUUGAUUAUUGAUCCAUCGGGACAAGCCACUGAAUUUAUAAUGAAUGAAUUUAAGGAUAAGAAGAUAACCAAAACUAGCUUUUUGGAUGAUUCCUUCAGAAAAAAUCUUGAAUCAGCAUUACGUUUUGGAAAUCCACUACUGGUUCAAGAUGUCGAGAACUAUGAUGCCAUAUUGAAUCCAGUGCUCAACAGAGAGUUAAGGAGAACGGGUGGUCGUGUAUUGAUCACCCUUGGUGACCAAGAUAUCGACUUAUCGCCUUCCUUUGUCAUAUUCUUAUCAACGAGAGAUCCUACCGUUGAAUUUCCUCCAGAUAUUUGCUCUAGAGUAACAUUUGUUAACUUCACUGUUACUAGAAGUUCUUUGCAGAGUCAAUGCUUAAACCAAGUACUUAAAGCAGAACGACCAGAUAUUGAUGCUAAACGUUCUGAUCUACUAAAACUGCAAGGUGAAUUCCACCUUAGAUUAAGGCAACUGGAAAAAUCUCUUUUACAGGCAUUGAACGACGCUAAAGGAAAAAUUUUGGAUGACGAUAGCGUUAUUACUACUUUAGAGACUCUUAAACAAGAAGCAGCUGAAAUUGGACAAAAAGUUGAAGAGACUGAUAAGGUUAUUUCAGAAAUUGAGACUGUUUCUCAACAAUACUUGCCAUUGUCUCAAGCUUGCAGUAAUACCUACUUUACUAUGGACAGUCUCAAUCAAAUACACUUCCUCUAUCAAUACUCUUUGAAGAUGUUCCUUGACGUUUUUGCUUCGGUGCUACAUAACAAUUCGAAACUUGAUGGUAUCUCAGAUUAUCAAGCUAGACUUAAUGUUAUCACCAGUAACCUAUUUUCUGUUGUUUAUGAACGUGUAGCCAGAGGAAUGCUCCACAACGAUCGCAUGACUUUCGCCAUCUUACUCUGCAGAAUUCAUCUGAAGGGACAACUCUCUGAACCCAACCUGGACCAAGAAUUUAAUUUCUUCCUAAGGGGCAAAGAAGGCGUUUUUAAUAGUUCUGGUUCUACAAUCGUUGACGGAUUAAAUAGCGACCAACAAGAAGCAAUCACUAGACUAUCUACCAAGCUACCCACAUUCAGAAAACUACCAAACGAAAUAAAAGAAAUGCCAGAAUUUGGGGCCUGGUUACAACAAAGCAGUCCCGAACAAGCUGUUCCACAAUUGUGGAUUGAAGAAAAACAACUAAGUGCAAUCGGUAGAGGAAUGUACCAACUCUUGGUAAUCCAAGCGUUCCGACCAGAUCGAGUAAUAGCUGCAGCUCAAAGCUUUGUAGCAGCUGUUCUUGGACCAGACUUCAUGUAUUUAGCUGAGAAAGAAUUGGACUUUGCUACGUGUAUUGAAAAAGAAAUCAGGUCAAAUGUGCCCGCUCUGUUGUGUUCUGUACCUGGAUUUGAUGCUUCCGGUCGUGUUGAUGAUUUGGCGGCUGAACUAAACAAACAAAUAUCAAGCAUAGCUAUUGGAUCUGCAGAAGGAUUUAAUCAGGCUGAUAGAGCUAUUAAUAUGGCUUGCAAAACUGGAAGAUGGGUAAUGCUUAAAAACGUACAUUUGGCACCCCAAUGGCUUGUUCAACUUGAGAAGAAACUACAUUCUUUACAACCACAUGCGAACUUCAGAUUAUUCCUUACCAUGGAAAUUAAUCCCAAACUUCCUGUGAACCUACUUAGAGCUGGAAGAAUAUUUGUAUUUGAACCUCCUCCGGGUAUUAGGGCCAAUUUAUUGAGAACUUUCAGUACCGUUCCAGCUAGUAGAAUGAUGAAAGCACCCAAUGAAAGAGCAAGAUUAUACUUCCUAUUGGCUUGGUUCCAUGCUAUUGUACAAGAAAGACUGCGUUACUGCCCACUAGGUUGGGCUAAAUAUUAUGAAUUUAGUGAAUCAGAUUUACGUGUUGCCUGUGAUACUUUAGACACUUGGAUUGAUACGACUGCUAUGGGAAGAACUAAUUUACCGCCAGAAAAAGUACCCUGGGAUGCUUUGGUCACACUUCUUUCUCAAUCAAUCUAUGGUGGUAAAAUCGAUAACGACUUUGACCAGAGACUUUUACAUUCCUUUUUGAAUAAAUUAUUCACACCCAAAAGCUUUGAAAGUGAUUUUGCACUGGUAGCAAAUAUUGACAAUGGUCCUGGAGGAAAUAGACACAUUACUAUGCCUGAUGGAACCAGAAGAGACCAUUUCUUGAAAUGGAUUGAAAGCCUUGCAGAUCGUCAAACACCAGCCUGGUUGGGGUUGCCUAAUAAUGCUGAAAAGGUACUUCUAACAACAAGAGGCACUGACCUUAUAGCUAAAUUACUCAAGAUGCAACAGUUGGAAGACGAUGAUGAAUUGGCAUAUUCCAUUGAUGACAGCUCACCAACAGAUCCUGCUCAGGUCGAUGGGCGUCCAUCUUGGAUGAAAACAUUGCACAAUAGUGGUGCUACUUGGGUUAAUUUACUGCCCACUUCAUUACAGACUCUGAGAAGAACUGUGGAGAAUAUCAAAGAUCCUCUUUACAGAUAUUUUGAAAGAGAAGUCAAUUCAGCUUCAAAACUUCUUACAGAUGUUUUGCAUGAUCUUAAUGACGUACUUUUGAUCUGUCAAGGAGACAAGAAACAAACGAACUACCAUCGUACUAUGUUGUCUGAACUGGUCAGAGGAAUUAUUCCUAAGAAUUGGCAUCGUUAUACAAUACCUAAAGGUUGUACUGUAAUGCAAUGGAUCACCGACUUUAGUCAAAGAAUUAAACAGUUACAGAAAGUAUCGAAGGUAGUUUCAUCAGCAGGUGCUAAAGAAUUACAGAGCUUCCCCGUUUGGCUGGGAGGACUUCUUAACCCAGAAGCUUACAUAACAGCUACAAGACAAUGUGUUGCCCAGGCUAAUAGCUGGCCUCUUGAAGAACUUCACUUGGAUGUUACCAUCACAGAUUCUAAUGAUAAAGAUUCUGUUCCACAUGACUGUUUUGCAGUUGUUGGAAUUAAAUUACAAGGAGCCCAAUGCCGAAAUAAUCAAUUGUUACUCACAUCCAGCAUCAUGAUAGAACUCCCAAUAACGCUCUUCCGUUGGGUUAGAAUUAUUGGAGAAGACAAACUAAAAGAAGGAAAACUCUCUUUACCGCUUUACUUAAAUUCUACUAGAACAGAACUAUUAUAUACUGUAGAACUUAAUAUUGCAGCUGGACAAGAUCCGCAUAGCUUUUAUGAACGUGGCGUGGCUUUACUCACCUCUACGUCUUUAAAUUAAAUGUAGCGUACUAUUUGUAUUUAUUCAAGCUUUAAUAUUAUUGAUCAUAAUUAUAUAUUUAUUUGUUUAUUAUAUAAAACUAGUUUAAUUUUAAUUAAUAAACAUGUUAAGAAUUA